CACAUUAUUGUUAUUGUAUAAACAUAUAUAAACUUAACUAAAAUUUAAAAUAGAUCCCUGAAAAUGAUCUUAUUUAUUUUUGUAGGUUUAUUAGUUAUUGUUCUAUUAUUUCAUGAAUAUCAACGAAAGUCUAGCUAUCGUUGGAAAAAACUUUCGGAAUUCCCAGGUGAUGCACCGUUACCUUUUUUUGGGAACGGCUUACAACUUGGUUUCGACGCUGAUGAGGCGUCACCCAAAUUAAUGGAAAUGUGGAAUAGACAUGGAAAACAAAAUUUUCGUCUGACAAUUGGCUCUGAAGACUGGAUAAUGCUUUCAGAUCCUGAUGAUGUGGGAACCAUUCUCAAUCAUCCGAGUGAACUUUCCAAACCCUUAGAAAGAAAUGCAGCUAUGAAACCAUUCUUUGGGAAUUCAAUUUCUAGUUCGGAAGGUGAAAAAUGGAAAUCGACAAGAAAACUGAUGACGCCAAGUUUUCACUUCAAAACAUUAGAAAAGCGGGUGGAAGACGUGAACAAACACUGUGAUCGUUUGUUUAAGAUCUUGGACACCUUCAAUGACAAGAGCACUAUAAAUUUAUACACUUAUUUAAGACCUUAUAUGCUGGAUAUUUUAUGUAGCACCCUUAUGGGGGUUGAUAGCAAUUUCCUUGGUAAUAUAAAUCAUCCAUACCUUGAAGCGAGCGGAAGAACGAUAAAAAUAAUUACCCAAAACUAUUUCUCAUAUUGGAGAAACAUUUCAAAAAUUUUUGAGUUAUCGCCGCAGUACCGACUCAUGAUAAAAACUGUUAAGGCUCUUAGAGACACAAGCGCAACCAUUCUUAAGGACAGGAAGGCAAUAUUUAAUACGAUGAGAGAAGAAAUUGCUGCCAACAAUAAAAUUGCCGAUAUGAACAUUAAAACACUUUUGCAUAACAAAGUAUCUGACAGUGGUUGUUUGCUAGAUAAAUUUUUACUUGUUGAAUUACCAAAUGGAGAUCCAAUUCCCGAUGACAUAAUCAAUGAAGAAAUUACCUUAUUGUGUUACACGGGACAUUACACAACAACAAUGACGAUUUGCCAUACAUUAUAUUGUAUCGCAAAGUACCCAGACAUCCAGAACCGUAUUAUUGAAGAGCAGCGUUCUAUAUUUAAAAACAAUUUCUUUAAAUGUCCAACUAAUCAAGAUCUCAAUGAUAUGAAGUACCUUGAGGCUGUAUUGAAAGAAAGCGUUCGAGUAAUACCAACUGUGACUAAGAUCGGAAGACAAUUACACGAGGAUCUUAAAUUUAAAGAUGGACGCAUAGCUCCGGCAGGAAGUUCAGUUGUUGUUUUCUUCGAAGCAAUGUAUCAGAAUCCCAAAAUAUUUCCUGAACCGGAAAAAUAUGAUCCUGAAAGGUUUUUUAACAAUAUGCAUACUUUUGCUUUCGUUCCAUUUAGUGCAGGGCCAAGAAAUUGUAUAGGGUUUCGUUACGCUUGGGUGGCCAUGAAAGCAACACUAUCCAACAUGUUACGAAGAUAUGAAGUGUUCCCUUGUGAUCCUGCUGACGAACCACAAUUUGCACAUCGUAUCAUUACUGAAUCUAAAAAUGGCAUAAAUAUAAGGCUUAAAAAAAGAAAUCAAUAGCAAAAAAAGUAACACGGUUUUCAUUAUUUAUUGAUUACUAAUUUAAUAGUAAAUAUAUAUAUUGUUUAAAGUAACUCUAUCUCUGAUCAAACUUUAUUAUUUUAUAAAAUAAGUCAUGUUACUAUUUAUUUUUUUGUUUGUUAUACAGACUCUGUUUCUAAUUAUUACUCAAAAAUAAAAGAAAUAAACCCCUGUAAUCCUCGAAACCUUUUAAAAGAAACAUAGAAGUGAAAAGUUGUUACAGGCAAAUAUGUGAGUUAAACAUUAAUAAACAAUUUCCACUUUGGAACUUUUUUAAUUUAAGAGUUAAGAAUAUUCUAUGUUUAUUAUAUUCACUUGGAUAUCUCUUUUUUUGGAGUAUUAAAGAAUUGAAUAAUAAUAAAUUCAUAUUAAGGGUUAAGU